AUGGUUAUGGAAUUGGCACACCACGAUCUUUUUGAUGAAAUCACCCCACAUAUGGGUCAGGGAAAGCAUGAAUGGGUGCGGAAUACUUUCAAGGAGAUUCUACAAGCAAUUAAUCCUCUUCAUAAAAUGGGUUUCGUACAUGGCGACCUCAAACCGGAGAAUAUGGCCUACUUCCGUGCCCCCCGAGUUAUCAACGAUCAACACUUCCCUACAAAAGAUGAUCCACUUGUGUUGAAAGUUAUUGACUUUGGAGGAGUCAUGAAAAAGCAGGACUUGCCUAAGGCUUGUGGAGAGAUUGUGACUGGGACUGUGAUGUAUAUGAGUCCUGAACAGGUCGCCUGGUGUGCAGCCCAUGACGAGGAGGAAUUUUUGGCUCGUCGUAAACAAUUCCCGGUAGUUUAUUGUAUAAACGGGUUGAGCACAAAAUCCGAUACAUGGUCAGCUGGAGUAAUUCUUUACCAAAUGCUCCAUGGAAAAAGCCCUUACCACUGGAUAACUAAAAAAUACGAGCAUCUAGACGAGGAAGAACGUGGGGAAAAGGCAGAUAGCGAGCUCAGACAGACAAUUUUUGACGGUAAAAAGCCAAUAGAAUUUGAUGAAAAAUAUCAAGAUUUACCACUUUUAGAAAUUGUUAAGGCAAGUAUUUUUAGUUAG